UUUUACCAGCAGAUGUAAAGAUCGCCCUUUGGAGUGGGUAGUACUCAAGGUCAGAGGCAGCAAAUCCUCCUCUAAAAAUAGACUCCAGUGGCAAAGUUGGUAAGAUUUCUUUUGUCGUUCUGCCACACUUAACGGGACCCAGCUACCCAGAGCACCCACCUAAGGUUACAGUGCAAACACUGCUCUCCAGAGAGCAUGUGCAUUGGCUUCUGCAAGGAGAACUUUCCAGUUUAUAAACCAGACCUCUGCUUAGUCAUACUCAAAAAGAUUUCUUGCACGACCGAAAGCACUACUCCAUGGACAAGAUGUCAUCAGAAGGUUUGAAUGCUGGGAAGAAAAACGCAUACAAAGCAAUGAAAGUAGAGCCUGAUGAGGAUUACUCCACCCCAGGUGCAUUUGAAUUGGAGCGACUCUUCUGGAAAGGAUGCCCACAGUACACUCAUGUCAAUGAAGUCUGGCCCAAUCUCUACAUAGGAGAUGAGAAAACUGCACUAGAUCGCUACAGCCUUCAGAAGGCAGGCUUCACCCAUAUCCUCAAUGCGGCCCAUGGUCAGCGAAACGUGGACACAGGACCAGAAUAUUAUCAUGACAUGGCUGUGGAGUACCAUGGAGUGGAAGCAGAUGAUCUCCCCACUUUCAAGCUCAGCCAGUUCUUUUAUUCAGCUUCUAAAUUCAUUGAUAAUGCGCUUCAGGAUGAAAGAAACAAGGUUCUGGUCCACUGCGCUAUGGGUCGCAGCCGGUCAGCUACACUGGUAUUGGCUUACCUGAUGAUUUACAAGAACAUGACAGUAGUGGAUGCCAUUGAGCAAGUGUCAAGACACCGAUGCAUUCUGCCAAACCGGGGUUUCUUGAAGCAGCUGAGAGAACUGGACAUAGCGUUGACACUGCAGAGGAGGAACACCAAAAACAGCCUACCAUCUGAUGAUGAUGAGAACAGCACCACGACCUAGUAUUGCUGCUGGCAGGGUUGUGCUGGAAAAGAAACUCCAUAAAAAUUAACUGUAGUUAAUUACAGUCACAAGAACCAUUUGCUAUUUGGAAGGAAAACCAAAGUAAUUUCAAAUACUGUCAGGAUAAGAAAGAGAAGCCAAAUUUUAAACCUAUUUUUUUUAGAAAGUUUACGCCUUAGAAGAAUUCUUUUGUUACAUCAACAAAUAAAUUUUACCCUCGGUAAAAAAGUUUUCGCAGCACAAAAGCAGCACAACUUCAAAAAGACUCUCUUCUAGCUGAGUACUCCCCAAAUCCUAGUCCUAACUUAAGCACAUGGUCUUUAAAAGCAUGGAGCAAGUCACGUCUGAAGAAAUUUUGCAGGAAAUACACCA